UGGAGAGGAGGGAAGAAGGAAGGAAAAGAUUGGGUCGCGGAGUUUGUAGUUCAUAGAAGUAGGAGGGCGUUGGAAAAAUCACAAGGAGACAUGGCCGAGGUGAAAGAGAUAGAUUGAUGACUUGAAUCGAGAAGAAAAGGAAGUUGCGAAGUUCGAUAGAGAGGAAAGUGAGUUGGGGAGAAGGGAGAGACGAUUUUGUAAUUGUAAUUAUUUUAGUCGAUCUGGAAUGAUCGUUUGGAGGAACAAAGAGGAUAAAAAAGGAAUUUCGUGUGAUUAUUUUUAUAUACAAGUCGAUCGAAGUUGGAAUGGAGGAUCAUUAUUGAUCGCGCUAAAACUUGCUUAAUUCUCGUUCGUUCGUCUAAGUUUUGAGAGAUGAAUCUGUGCGAAGUGGAAUUGGGAAAUAAAAAUUUCUUCAAUUGGAGCCAGGAGAACAGCGUGCUGUGGAAAAAGGUCUUGUUGGUUUAUCUAAGUGACUUCUGGUUGAUGACAUUCUUCUUGGGAAUGUGGGAAAUAUACACGUUGGGGGAUUAUAUGUUCGAAGAAUUUGACGAUGAUUACGAACCAUUAGAUGCUUUGUAACUCGUGAGAAAAGUUACUCCUUCCAAGAAUUUUCUCGAGAGCAUGGAUUUCAAGAACGUGUUCGAAGAUCUUGAAUCGCUUGGAACUGUAUAGAAAAUUGGCUACACAUGAAGAAUGGUGAAUCGAAGGACUGAAUAGGAAGAAAAUAAAUCGAUCGUGAAAAAAAAAAGAAGAGAAAAUAUCAAAAGAAGAUGAAAAUGAGCGUCGCAAAUGGAAUAAAUAGACACGUGGAGGAAUAUUUGGAUAAGGUCGAGGUGAAUGCGGAGGAGGAAAAGAGAAGAGAGAAGAAAGGCGUCACGUAUCAGAUAAUGAUGGUUCUCUGCGCGAAUUCUUCGAUUCUGGGUCCAUCCAUGGCUUUUGGUUAUAGCGCAGUGGCAUUGGAGCCGAUGAUGGCACCUAGUAGCGACGUGAAAAUCGACAAAGUUCAAGCAAAUUGGAUUGCCACAGCUACAGCACUGGGCAUCCCACUCGGUUGCAUUGUCUCUAGUUACACUAUGAGACGGGGAAGAAAGUUGAGCCUGUUGAUAACGUCGAUCGUGUCCAUCGUUGGAUGGCUAUUCAUUUAUCUCGCUGGAAUGUACGAGCAGAUUCUUGUGGGCAGAAUUAUUUCCGGAAUCGCGACCGGAAUGGCCUCGGUCCCAGCCACCGUUUAUAGCGCGGAGAUUGCUUCUCCAAAAUGGCGAUCGACCAUGGUCACGUGGACCAGCGUAACCAUCGCUAUUGGCGUUUUGAUCGUUUACAUUUUUGGCUACGCGUUGAAGGACAACUGGCGUACGGUGGCACUGCUGUGCGCCCUGUUUCCCCUGGUCUCGGCCGCACUGACCUUGGCCAUCGUCCCAGAAACCCCGAUCUGGUUGCGAGACAGAGGUCGUCUAGACGAGGCGUUACAGGUGUUGAAGAAAUUCCGCGGUGUCCCCAACGAUGCGCCGCCCCCGCAACAAUUACACCAAGAGUUGAGGCCUCGUCCCCAACGAGCGAAUCAAAACUUCGCGAAACAUUUGCUGAAGAGGAACGCCGUUCUACCAUUCGCUAUUAUGCUCGGCUACUUCUUCUUCCAACAAUUCUCCGGAAUUUUCGUCGUUGUCUAUUACGCCGUGAAUAUAGUAGAGAGCGCUGGUAUCGCCAUAGAUCCGAAUUUGGGAGCGGUGUUGAUAGGAUUGACCAGGUUGUUCGGUAGCGUGUUGGUGGCGUGCGCGUCGGGAAAAUUCGGUAGAAGGAAACCGUCGAUCGUUUCCGGAUGCUCGAUGACCAUUUUCAUGGGGAUUUUGUCCGUCUAUUUAUGGAUCAAGGAUAGGGGAUAUCGCGUGAACGACAACGGGUUGAUUCCAGCGAUAUGCGUACUUAUGUAUAUUUUUGGCAGUACGCUUGGCUUCUUGGUUAUCCCAUUCGCCAUGGUGGGCGAGGUGUAUCCUACGAAGGUGAAGGAAGUGUUGACGGGACUGUCUUCGUGUAUCAAUUAUAUUUUUAGCUCGAUCACGGUGAAAAUUUAUCCGGACAUGGAGGCUAAUAUGGGUAGACAAGGUGUGUUUACAUUUUUCACCGUGAUGUCGUUGUUGGGAAUGUUGUUCGUUAUUUUUUUCCUGCCUGAGACGAAGGGGAAGACGUUAAGAGAAAUCGAGGACAUGUUUUCGAAGAAGAAGAAGAAAAAGAAAAAGGGGGAGGAGGAAAUUGUUAAUUGGGGAGAAGAGAAAGAAAAAAUGAUAGAUCUCAAAAAUUCUGUAUCCGAAGAGACUUAGUUUCGUCGUUCUUUUCGAGAUAGAAGAUAUCAAUGCAAAGGAAAUAAUUCUAAUUUUUUUUAACAAGCUUUUAAUAAUUUUUUUUUUUAGAAUUUAGUAAAGAAUUCGAUUGCGAAAUUUUUUCGAAUCCUUAAUUAAAUCAUUCCAUGAAAAUUUAACCAUAAUAUUACGUUAAAUACGUUACAAUGUAUCUACCACUAUGUGUUCAUUUUUCAUUUUAAUUUAAGAAAUUCUUUUGAUUAAUGAUAAUGUUACAUCGAAUAUUUUUAUACCGUCGAUAAUACACGAUUAUAAUAUGUAACUUCACUUCUAUAUUCGAAUAUAAAUAAUAUAGGAGGAACAUUAAUCUCAUUAAUCUCAUUUGAGAAUAAUUACAAUUUAUUACGCAUUUUAAUCCUUUUGUUUUAUAUUAUAUAGUUUGAACCUAUUGCAAAGUGUUGCAAUCGCAACGUUGUUAUCAUAUUGUUACUUGGUACAGUUUCUAAAUGGAACUGUAUAAAUAAAUUGUAUGUGAUAACGACGCAAAUGAACGAUAAGAAAUGUCAA